AUGAGUGAACAACACUUUUGGAUGAUUUAUUUCAUUUUGUUGCUUCCAAGAUUGAAAGACGAUGAUUAUAUGCUUCUAUCAACCCUAGAGAUUGUACAAAUACACGAGGUGCUUCUACAAAAACUGAGAAACAAGAAUAAUACAUCCAUGGAGUUAACAGAGGAUACUAAUGGAAAUAAAAGUUUAUCUGAAAAGGGUAGUGAGGUAAAUAGCACUGAAGAAGCCAACAAGACUACUAAGAGUGAAACCCAUGAGGAUGAUGUUUCUUUCAGUGAUCCAGAAGAUGAAGAUACUGAUCUUUCUAGUAGAUUAUCUGGUAUUAGACAAAGAGAAAGUAGCAGGGUUUCUUCAGCUAGUGAAGCAAGUGAUUGGGUUCGUCUUAAUGAAAGAAAAGCAAACCAAUCAAGCCAUUAUUCAGAAAGUGAAGACUCAAGUGAUUGGCAAGCUGUAGGGGAUGUUGAUCUUUUAUCCUAGGGUUCUGCUAAAUUGAAGAGAGUCAUGCAAACAAUUUUUUCAUUAGGAAAUGCAUUGAAUCAAGGGACUGCAAGAGGGUCUGUGAUUAGGUUCAGGUUGGAUAGCCUGUUGAAACUUACAGACACACGUGCAAGGAACAAUAGAAUGACAUUUAUGCAUUAUCUUUGUAAGGUGCUUGCUGACAAACUACCUGAAGUUCUUGAUUUUUCCAAGGAUCUUCAAAGUUUGGAACCUGCAGCAAAGAUGCAGUUCAAAUACUUGGCAGAGGAAAUGCAAGCUAUUACCAAAGGAUUAGAGAAAGAAAAACAUAGGAUCAACAGUUUGGAGCUUCCUCUAAUUCAGCAUACACAGUUGCCUGAUCUGGAUAAACUUGUUUCCUUAUUGAGUGGUAACAUGUGUUCAGGUGAGAGAGGAUUAAAACAAAGGAAUCUUAUAGAAUAUAAUGUUAAAAACAUUGAUGAAGUCCUCAAGCUUCUAUUGCAGGGUGCUGCAAAUAGGAAAAAGGCAGGAACAGAUAUGAACAUUGUGUCAAUAUAG